AUGCACUCUCCUUUAGCUUCUUCGACUGGUUCAUUUAAAAGGUCAAGAGAUGUUUCCGAUCCAUCCUUUGCAUUGAGUCCGCCUCUAAAAAAACUUACAAGCGAUUUGUGGCCAGGCUCUGAAGUUUCUGAUAAAUCCACUUCGAUCACAAACGCAUUUUCUCUAGAUAAAAUCACCCCAGCUGCCACACCAACCAAGUGGACACCACAAGAAUGGUCAUCGGAGAAAGAUUACAACUCUAAUUGUGUUUCGAAGAGCCCGUCACUUGAUAUUCCAUUUUCUGACCUCCGUCUUUGCCCAUCCGUUUCAUCUUCAAAUUUGCCGGCUUCUCUUCAUUCCAAAUCAACGACAAAUGGCCCUCAUAUGAUUUUCCGAAUUCCAGAAAUUGUUGAACAAAUACUGAGAUGCUUGGAGUCUACCACCUCUGUACCCCGAGAGACACCUCGUCCGCGUCGUAAACCUCAAAGUUUCUCACAUGCACUCCUAAUGUGCCAUGGGGACGAAAAAGUGGCGAAAAAAGCGUGGCAGGAGGCUGCAAGGAUUAAUUUCUCUAAUGGUGAAAGUGUUGGUCCCAGCCUUUAUAAUUGCCUACUAGUAAACCAACUCUGGCAUAAAGUGGCAUUAUCCAUUAUAACGGAGAACCUCCAUUUUACCGAUUCCAGAAAGAUGCGAAAACUAGUUGCAAGCCCUUCGAAUGUCAAGGAACGGUUCUCUAAGGCUUCCACGUUUGUCUUGCAUAAGCUUAAUAAGCUAACCCAAACUGAGCUUGAAGCCAUCGCGCCUGUGGUAGCGUCAGAACGCCUCCGAUGGGUUGAACUUUACAUUUGCCCAAAGCUUUCGCCUCCCCCUUUUAUCUUCCACCACUCUAAAAAUAUAGAAAAACUGAUCCUUCCCGGGAACCAACGGGUUGAUGAUAAGUUUCUUAUGAAUAUUGCGCCAUAUCUUAGCAAGCUGAAGAUUUUAGAUCUAAGGGCUUGCGAAAAAGUUACUGACGGGGGCAUCCUAUCGAUAUCUACCAGCUGCCCGGCGCUAGAGAUGUGCAAUUUGGGAAGACAUCGUAAUGGAAAAGCGAUAACCAGUGUUUCUCUUGUGGCUUUGGCUCGAAACACUAAUGUCGAUACCAUCGGUGCGGCUGGGUGCCAUGUCACAGAUGCGGGCAUUUGGGAAUUGGCCAUGCAGCGCGGCUCCCAUAUCAAGAGACUUUCGCUAAAUGAUUGCAAUCUCCUCACUAACAAUUCUCUACCCACAUUAAUCGCCUUGAAGUAUUUCCCACAACUAUCCGUGCUAGAGAUUCGGAACGUCAAGCAUAUAACUAAUUUGCGAUCAAUUGUGGCCUUUAUCAGAGAGAAGCGGAGUCAAGGAAUCCCCGUUCUUAUUGAAGGUGGGGAACAAACAGAACUGCUAAUGAGAGAAGCGGAACACAGAAUGCAACAAGAAUAUUCUACAUCUGUUCUAGCCUCAUUCAGCCGCUGGAUCAAUGAAGAUGACGAAGACUAA